AUGGAGGAGGGUCAAAAGAACACGGCGGCAACAAAGAUGAUUAGUACUUCCACUACUGAUCCUCAGAAAGAAGAAACUUCUCAAUCUGAAAAUGAAACUUGUUUCAAGAAUAUAAAAGAAGUAGGUAGUGAUAUACCAAUGUAUGAUUCUUCAAAUUUUCCAUGGCCAUUGCCAUUGGAUUGUUCUCCCAGCAUAACACCAAAGAAGAGAAAAGAGGGACCUGAAACGGAUUCAUCUUUUGCAGAAACUCCAACCAAGAUAAGAAGACGACACAGAUGCCCUUGUGGCUCCGGUUCCGAAUCAAAGAAGAGAAAACAAGGACCUUCUCUAAUAACUUCUUCACAAACUGAAGGAACUUCUGAUACAUCUUCUGCAGAAACUCCAACCAAGAAAAGACCCCCACGCCCUCCUGGAAAACUCACCCCCUAUUUCAUAGAUUUGAAUGUUGGCGAGGAUAUGGUAGAUACUAUAUACACUAUAUCUCAGGCAUUUCCUCAUCAAACGUUUAACAUAAUCUCUGCGAUUGGUACUAUAUCAGACAUUGGCCUUUUUACUCCUGAUGGUCUCGCGCACCAGAAGGGAGAAUUUGAGAUACUUUCGUUAUCUGUAAAAAGUCUCGUUGGUGAUGAUGGCCUUCACUGUCGUGCAAAGGCGAUGUGUUCCGUUUCAUGGAUUAAUGAUAAGGGAAUUAUGUAUGCAAGUACUUCUGUCAACUCCCUCAUAGCGGCCGGCCCUGUUAAAAUUAUUAUGGCCUAUUUCAACACACACAACGCUAAGAAAGCAGGUGCAAGAAUUUGGGAAUCUGCUGCUGCUGCUAUAAAUGGAGAUUCUGAUUCUAAAAUGUUAGUAGAAGGACAAACAAGUCGCCAUUCGCCGAGACUUGGAAUUACUCCAGUUCGACGAGUGGUGGAUCGAAAAAUAUUUCCCAUAGAGGCCAUUCCUCUUCAAAUGAUCAGGACAUGA